CUGGUUAUUAAAAGUUAUUAAUCAUGGCAAUGCAGAAAGCGGUUCUUGUUGUUCCUUUGCUUUUACUGAUACUGUUAACUGAAAGGUGCUAUUCUGCUACUGGGCUGCAACAAGGGACAGGGCAGUGCACAUUCGCUCGUUCAACCACCUCGUCCUAUAAAUACUAUGAUGCUUCUUUCUACACGGUCCAGCAACGUGAAACGUACUCUUGUGGCUUUCUUUGGUUGAGCAGAUGCAGUCGCUACUACACUAGGUAUGUCUAUUAUGCACAAUCCAAGACUGGCUAUCAUAUAACAUACUACUCCAGUACGCAAUGCUGCUCUGGUUACUCUUUAACAAGCGGAGUCUGUCAACCUGUAUGCUCUGGCGGUUGCAUCUUUGGAUCAUGCACCAGUCCUCAAACAUGCACCUGCAAUAGUGGCUUCACUGGAUCCACUUGUGCCUCAGAUAUUGAUGAGUGUAGCAGUUACAAUGGUGGCUGCAGCCACGAGUGUGUUAAUGGCUUUGGUACUUACUCCUGUCACUGUCCAAGUGGUUACUAUUUAGCUUAUGACGAUCAUACAUGCAUAGAUACUAAUGAGUGUACGAAUGGAAAUGUCACAAUUGGAUCACAGAUAAGCAAUGCCAGCAAUGACUCUUGGUGUGAACAAAAGUGUAUCAACACACCGGGUAGCUAUGAAUGUGGCUGCCAUGAUGGAUACGAAUUAGAAUAUGACAAUCAAACAUGCUCGGAAAUUGAUGAGUGCUUGGUUGACAACGGAGGCUGUAAUCAAACAUGUACAAACACACCUGGCUCAUACAACUGUUCCUGCAACAAUGGCUACUUAUUGCUAGAGGAUCAAGUUUCAUGUGCUGAUCAUUGUGAGUGCUGCACUGGCAAACAUAACUGCCAACAGAUCUGUCAUAAUACAAUAGGAAGCUUCUAUUGUAGCUGUCGGCCUGGUUAUCAGCUUUCCUCUACUAAUUCAAGUGCCUGUGAUGAUAUUAACGAAUGCAAUGAUGGCAGUUCCAGCUGUCACCAGGUCUGUAUCAAUGACAUCGGACGUUACAGCUGCUCUUGCUAUCCUGGCUAUAUCCUAAGCAAUGAUGCACACUCAUGUCAAGAUGUUAAUGAAUGCUUGAAUAAUAAUGGUGGAUGUGGGCAAACCUGUAUAAAUACAAAUGGUUCCUUUAGCUGCAGUUGUCAUAAAGGCUACUCACUUAGCCCUGAUCACACAUCAUGCUUUGACAUAAAUGAAUGUACUAUGAAUACUUCUAAUUGCUCACAAGUUUGUAUUAACAGUGCCGGUGGAUUUUAUUGCGAUUGUCUCACCGGUUACUCAUUAUCUGAUGAUAGAGUAACCUGCAUUGAUGUAAAUGAAUGCUCUGUUGCUAAUGGCAAUUGUCAGCACAUUUGUGUUAAUACCAUCGGAUCUUAUGAUUGCGAAUGUCGUGAAGGAUAUACUAAAAACGGCUCUCUUUGCAAAGCUAAAAACUGUCCAUUACUAAUGGAGCCGUCUAAUGGUCAAAUGACUUGCAGUGGAGAUCAAGUGACGGAUCAGAACUGCACGUUUUGGUGUAAUCCUGGCUAUGAUGUAAGAGGCUCGUCAUUUCGUUCUUGUCUCGGAUCAAACCAAUCAUGGUCAGGUGAAGAGUUCUUCUGCGUUAAGUCACAGUGUCCUGUACUGAUGGGUAAUGAGGAUAGACUGGUGCUUUAUCCAUGCACAAAUGAGUAUCAAGACCAAUGCCAGCUUUUAUGUGGCACUGGAUAUGCUCCUACUAAUAGUAACUCUGAGACUAUAUGGACACAAACUUGUACUGUCACUUCUGAUAACUCGAGUGUAGACUGGUACCCACAAAGGAGCUGCAAAAUGCAAGAUGUGUGUGAUCCUAAUCCCUGUGGUCCUGGAGUGUGUUCUGUUAGUGAUGGUUCCAUACAGUGCAACUGUCAAGGAACAGGUAGAACAGGGGAGAGAUGUCAAUUGGGUUACAUCGCAAUUGAAUCAGUCCCAGUACUAACUAAUGGUAGCUAUGAAACUGUAUCAGUUUCAUCUGAACUUUCUGUUCAAACUAUGAUAACAAUUACUUCCAGUGAUAACAGUUCACUCAGUGUUGAUUCACCAACAAUUAGUUUUCUCAAGAGAGUCUCUUACACUGUACAAGCUAAGAAGCCAGGUAUUUUUAAGGUCAGUUAUACCGUGAUGCCUGGUUCGCCAUACCUCAAGCCUGAUGAUUCAAUAUACAUGAUCACUGCAAAUGAGCGCACUGUUAGAGAUGAAUCCGACUAUUUCACCACUCAAGGUCUACAGAGAGGUCAUCUUGGGAUAGGAUGCUGUAGAAAGACUCUUGAUUUAUCAAAAUAUCAGUGCUCCUCUAAUCUUACAUUGCACUCUUAUUGCCAGUGGGGUGAUGAUGCAAGCGUUACUGCUGGUGUUGUCCAUAUAAGUACAUCCUCACUGUACCUACCAUUAUCUGUUGCAGGUUUAGAAUUAAAUCCAUCUCCUUUUUCAUUGGGUACUCAUUAUUCUGCCAAGCAAUGCAACACGUGCAAUGAAGCCUCUAAUUGGCAAUGUCAAAAACUUGAUCCGUCAUUAGUUUUCAGUGUUCGUACUAUCGAGGAAAUACUUCAGUACAGAAGUCUUGCCGAAUCUUUCUUGACAAGUGUCAAAAGUUUUCUUCCGUCAUGGCUGAGAGUGGACAUACAUUCAAGGACGCCUGCUUCAUCUUAUUCAGCUCAUGAUUUCAUGGCAUCUAUUGGAACAGCUAGUGAGGUGAAAGGAAUUACUGGAUGUGGUUCAUUUGACCUACCAAACACUCCAUCUUUAUUAUAUGCCUUGAGGACAACAUCACGUCUGCUGGUAAUGAUAGAUUCUUAUCCGACAUUUCUUUAUCCGCUGGCUAGCAAUCCAUUUUGUAUCCUUAUUGAUAUGUGCAGUAGCAUUGCUCCUACUCUGCACUCUGUGAUACCUCCUCAACUUGUAUCAGGACAAACAACCACUGGAUCAGCAAAUGUCUUGAGUUUGCUGCUAUCUGGGAAUGCUAGAGCUGAUUUUAAAAGUAUUUCACUACAGGAGAAUGGGAUAGUUUUUUCAGCGAAGCUACACAAACCUUUACGGCAAUAUUGGAAUGGAUCUCAGUAUUUCUCUCCUUCUCUGCCUUUGGUGUAUCAGUAUCAGGUUAAUGUUGACUAUCAAAGGAUAUUCACUGGUGGAGCAAAUCUUAAAGUGGACCUUAACUUCAAAGGAUCUGCUUAUUACCAACCCAAUAUUAAAAGAGAGGUUCCAGGACUGUUAAUGGGAGAACUGAGUCUUAAUAUAACAACAGUAAUAAAUCAUAAACCAGUUCAUUUGAAAAUGACAACAACCAAAGACCCUGUCCUAUUUACUUACCCAAUAUCAGGUGUAAAUUCAGUUUCAGAGCUUCCAAUUGGUCUAUCAGCAAUACUCAUACAUGACAGCACUGCUAGCGAUCCAUUUUAUCGUAAACAUUUUUCUGUCCCACCUUUUGUCAACCGUUGUCAAGUAUUUGCUUUCCUUAGCCUGGACGAGUCUUUAAAUUUAAACAAUGUCAGCUUAACAUCAGAUUGCUUCUCUCUUAACAUUGGAGACCUUCACUUUCCUCAACAACUAAGACACAUCAUUCUUCUACCUGGUACUACCAAUCCUACUCCUUCUGCUACUUUCCUUCUAAAUUCUUAUCCAUUAUCGUCCAUCCCCUACAACUUUGAACGCUUCACGUUGGAGAGAGAUUCAGUAAUUAAGCUUCAUUAUACUUCUAAUGAUGAUGCCAUGUAUGGAAUCCUUCAAUCAGUUAAUGUUUCAUUCCUUAAUUCCGUAUCAACUACUGAUGUAAACAUCAACAGCAAAGAGCUCACGUUUGAAACUGAUGCUAAAAUAUUCAUGGACUUUGACGUACAUAUUGUCGGUACUCUAUUCACCAAUCAGUCAUCUACUAUGGAGCUUGAUGGAAUGUUUCUCGAAAAACCAAACAGUUUUCACUCUGAACUUACCUCCUAUCUCUCCCGUCACUUACAGAUUGAGCUACAGGAUGUGAUAAGUAGGGCUAGAAAAGCAGAAGAGAGUGUCGCAAUCUCUCAAACAUGGCGUGAUGAUAUAAAUAAUGAGCUAGCGAAGAGUUUGGCAGAUCUUUCAACCAAAGAAGAGGCCCUGGGAAAAAGUAAUGAUUCACUGACAUCAUUACAAAGUAAAGUAAAUGUAGCUCUUGAUAAUUUGACAAGAGUUCUAGAAGACUAUUUAUUACACAACAAUUCUCUAUCAUACAAUGAAUUGCUAUGUAAUGAGAAAGGACCUUGUAGGAGAGAGUGUGAAGCUGGAGUCAAUUGUUAUGCUGUCAAUGGUAAUAUUAGAUUAUCUGUGCCUGGUACCUGUGCUAAGAAUGAGCUCGUAAACAGUGCUACUAAGAACAUUAGAAAGGUCGUAGCCAAGGAAUGGCAGCAGCAGAUUCAAUGUCAAUCGUGUUGGGAGACAAAAUGGCUCAGAUUUGUUUACUUUUCACAGAUGAGUUGCUGUAAAAGUACUAAAGUCCAAGUGUCCACGUAUAAGUAUAACACAGAGUAUCUUAAUAAAAUGGUUAAUCAGAGUACAAGAGGAUUGUGCAUUAUUGCAAAUAACACUUUAAUAAGUAAUGCUUCAAAGUGUCAUACCUCUACGUGUUUUUAUAAACUAACAAAUGCUUCGUGUUUUAAUAGCAAGAUCCAUUGCUUGGAAAAUUUUGCCACAGAUUUUAUUUCAAUCAACCAGACAAUAAGUCAGUUGUAUGAUGCUUACGUCAACUUGUUGAUCAGUUUAGAAGCAGCAGAAAUUAACUUCAUCAGAAGCAAAGCUAACAUAACAAGGCUUGAAGAAAGGAUUGCACUAUUGGAAAAUUUGUAUUUCGUUGCAAACGAAAGCUAUCAUAACAGCGUGAGAGCAAACGCAAGCCUCUUUGAUAAAAUUAAGCCGUUAAUUUCUUCAUUUAACACUCAUCAUUCUGUGACUAAUCUAAUUUUAACAAAUAUUUCAUUCCAUGCUUCACUACAUAAUCACACUCCCACUCGUUUGCCAGUCAUAAUAACCUAUUCGAUUCAAGCUAUGACUGGUGAGGUAUACUUGCUUAAUGACACCAUUAACUUUUUACAGCCAAGGCAGCACAUUUUCAGACAACUCUCAAGCAAUAUGCUAACAUUCUACAUAGCAUCAGUUGGACAAAAUAUGAGAGCUAAGCGAGAGGUUGUAUCUGAGACUUCAGUUGUAAACAGCAAGCAUAGGUUUCAUGAGACUUGCAUAAAAAUUAAAGGUAUGAGCAACUAUAUUGAUGAGAUUAAGACAGAGCUUCAGGAGUCAUUUAACUCUUUUAACGACAGCAUUAAUAGCAUUAAAAAUGCUACAAUGAAUUCUUGUAGUAACAUAUCCGAGAAGAAUCUACCAACAAUAGUAGCAGUAGAACAUAGUUACCUAAAAUCUGAGCUAAUCAAACAACACAGUAUCCUAACUGCUUUCCUUUUAAAGAACUCCUUUGCGUCCUGGCAGUCUCAUAUGAAAGCAAUCCACAACAACGUCAGCCAGUUUGAGCUCUUUGGUUGCUCAAGCUUCUUUGAUUGCUUGGGUAGUAUACUGAGCCAGUUUGAGGACAUUCUCGAAGAUACACCAAAUGGAUUGGCUCAACUUGACGAGCUGAGGAGCAUAAAGGACAAAGUACUACAAGUUGCUUACAAUAAAAGCUUGUCUUUUAAUGAAGCAUCUUCUGCAUUAGGGCAGCUUCAUUUAAGCUUAGAGGCACGUGCAGUAUUAGAGCAAUGGUGUGUAGAGCCGCCUUUUAUACUCUCCCAUCCAACCUCAUCUGUCACUGCUACAGUCAAUUCAUCAAUUCUACUAUCAUGCAUGGCAAACUCUGUGCUUCAUUUGAGAUAUCACUGGAUCAAAGAUGAUAUUAUUAUACCGGAUUCGAGCUCAAAUAGCUUAGAAUUGAUGAACUUACAAUUGGCAGAUAAAGGAGAAUACAAAUGCGUUGUAGUUAAUGAUGCUGGUGCAACUACCUCAUUACCUUCAAUAGUAGACAUUGCUAGUGAGCCAGUACUAAACCUCAGUCUCCCUAAAUAUGCAUACAUACAAGAAGGUGAUAAAAAUGGCUAUCUUUUGACAUGUGAUGCAUACGGCAUCCCUGCUCCAGGCUGGACCUGGUUUUAUAAACGGAAUGAAGCUGAUGAUUGGAAUCUCUUACCCAAUUGUGACACUAAUGUAUUAAUUUUAAGUAAACCUCAACUUGAGGAUAAUGGAUGGUAUCAAUGCAUGGCCUCUAAUGCUAUUGGCAAUGUGACCAGUAAUCCAGUUCAUGUUAUUAUACUGCCUACUAGAAGCUCCAGCAUACAAUACACUUUUACAUUAAUUUUGAGCCAAUCAAGAGAGGAAUGGGCUAAAGCAAUCAUUGAUUUAGUGGCUAAUGCAUCAUCAGCUCCUGUAGUAUCUAGUAGUUUCUCAGCCUUUAGUGGUGACUUAUCUUCACUGCAUUUUACUCUCAAGAGUGUUAUACCUGAUUAUAAUCCUUUGACUGAGUUUGAUAUGAUAACAGGAAACCUGUCUACAAGCUUAGCUCAGUUAGAAAAAAGCAGAGAGUCUGUGGUUACUUUCCUUCAUGGGAGCAACAACCUGUUGGCAUUUACUGCUGGAGGCAACACAUUUAGUGUUUCAUUAGUGAAUUAUACUAUUGGGCCAAGACACUUCACUUGUCCUGAUGGAUAUGAAUUAGACUCCGAUCACAUACAAUGUGUUGCUUGCAGUCCUGGUACUUAUAGUCAUGUCAUUGCUAGCUCAUUCAUUGGCAUUGGAAACGGUGAAUACAUUGAGGAACAGUUUCCACAGUGUGCUGAAUGUCCACUGGGCUCAUAUCAAGAGAAUGAUGGACAAUCUCAUUGUGUAUCUUGUCCAGUUUAUCAAAGCACUGUUAGAUCAGGCUCUAAAAGCAUUGCUGAGUGUCAAAGACUCUGUUCUCCACAUACCUUCUCUUUAUCUGGAUUUGAGCCGUGCCUCUCAUGCCCUCCACUCCAUUACCAGUUGCAUUAUGGACAACAGGAUUGUCUACCUUGUACUACUAACAGCACAAACAUUGAUAUUUGCUUUAUUCCAGUAACAUCCAGCUCUCCUACAGUCAUUAGUACAACAAUGACCAGUACAUUCGAAGUUGUAGCAAGUUCUAGUGGGGAAUCAAAUGCAGGUCCAACUGGGGUUUCAGCAGGGGCAUCACAGAGUUUUCUUAAUACAACGACAAUGGCAAUUAUUGGAGGGGUGGUUCUGCUACUCCUGAUAUUAAUAAUUUUAGUUAUAAUUGUCAUCGUAUCGUUGAGGAUAAAGAAGAAGAAGCUCCAACAUCAAUCAAGGAGUAUUGCUCCCCAACCAAAUCUCGAGUUAAAUGCUUACGACAGUGUCAGUCAUGACUCAAAACAAGCUGAUAUGGUUUACGAUGAUGUCAAGUCAAAACUCGGAGACAAACCACCCUGCAUGAACAGUGAUCCCAUUUACGAAGAGCUUCCUGAUGUACCUGAUCAAAGGAAUGAACUAUGGGGACCUCCCCCACUUCCUUCUUUUCCUCCUACUGCUAUAAAUCCAAUUUUCACUCCUCUUUCUCCUCCUCCUGCUGAUGAUGACGACGACAGGAUUACUGAUGAUUAUAUAAAGAUGGCCAGUCCAAGAGUUACUGGUAGCUACAUCAAGCCUGACUAUGAAAACAUUAAGGACGCUCUUAAUAAUUGAUUUCAGCUUGUUUUUGUGCUCAGUUGGUUUUCAUGCAUGUCUUGUUUUUUAUUUUUUGAAAUGAUAGUAUAGUUUAAUGUUAAUCAUUAUCAUGAUCAUGAA